AUGAGUUCUGGAAAUUCUCUUGUCAAUCCUUCAGAUGAUUCAUCAAGCCCUUAUUAUCUGCACCCAAGUGACAAUCCUGGUGCUCUGCUUGUAUCAGAAAUAUUCAAUGGAGAAAAUUAUGUUGCAUGGAGUCGUUCAAUAAUCAUUGCAUUGACAGUCAAGAAUAAGGUACAGUUCAUAGAUGGUUCGAUUGUUUCUCCUCCUUCUGAUCAAUUUGUCAAACACACAGUAUGGUUAAGGGCAAAUAAUCUGGUUCUUUCUUGGUUAAUGAAUUAUAUUUCAAAAGAAAUAAGAAAUAGUUUGUUAUUUGUGGUUUCUGCUGUUGAUCUUUGGAAUGAACUCAAAGUUAGAUAUCUCAGAAGUGAUGGACCAAGAGUUUUUCAUCUUGAAAAAUCUUUGAGUUGUAUAAAUCAGGGUACUCUCUCUGUUACUGAGUAUUUCAAUACCUUCAAGACUCUUUGGGAUGAAUACAUUAACUAUAGGCCAUUUCCAACUUGCACAUGUGGACAAAUGGCAACAUGUACUUGCGAACUUUUUAAUUUUCUGCAAAUUAGACAACAAUCUGAUUAUGUACUUAAAUUCUUGGUGGGGCUAAAUGAUUCUUUUGCUGCUGUAAGAAGCCAAUUGCUGCUCAUGGUUCCUUUACCAAGCAUGUCCAAAGUUUUUUCUCUACUACUUCAAGAAGAGAGUCAGAGGCAGCUUACAAAUUCUUCUACAUACAAUGAGACUCAUGCUUUGAUGCUUCAUGGUUAUCCUCCUGGCUGGAAUAGACAGAAGGGAAGAAGAAAUGAGGUUUCUGCUCAUGCUGCCAUUAUGACUCCAGAAGUUUACAAUCAAAAUAGUAAUGAGCCACAAAAGUUUUGCUUCACUCCAGAGGAAUUUAAUAAGCUAAUGGCACUUGCAAAUUUAGCACAGCUAAAUUCAGCACAGCUCAAUUCUUCCAAUCAAAUUACUACCCAACCAACUGUUAAUCUUGUCACCACUUCUCAAUUUUCUGGUAAAUUCUUUUCCUGUAAUUCUGUUACUUCUAAUACAAAUUUCAAUCUAUCUUGGAUUCUUGACACAGGUGCAACAGAUCAUAUGAUCUGCUCACCACUUUUAUAUCAUUCCAUACCUAAACCAAUUAAUGCAUCUAUAAAUCUUCCUAAUGGUACUACAGUUCCAGCUACACAUAUUGGUACUGACCAGUCAAUGAAGAAGAUGAUUGGGAUUGCUCUUGAGAAAGAAGGACUUUAUCAUCUCAUUCCAGCUUCUUCAAAAGCUGAAUCCUGCAAUUCUUUUCAGUUUAAUUCUACACCUUUUGCUUUAUCUUCUAUUCACAAGCCAUUAGAUAUAUGGCAUUGUAGACUAGGACAUAAUAUAGAAUCUGCAUCAUCACAUAAUAAUUCCCCUUUUUCCUCUGCACCUCAUACACAUAUGGUUCCAGAUUCAUCUACCUUACCAUCUCCUUCUCAUAUGACUCCAAUAUCUGCUUCCCCUACUCAAGAAGUUCUUCAGCCCAGAAAAUCAACCAGAAUUAAACAGAAACCUUCUUAUCUGCAGGACUAUUAUUGUGAUUAUCCACAUCAUAUAAAGCUUUUUUAA